AUGUUGACCCGACACACUGCUGAAGGAGCAAUAUCAGCAUUAGAAAAACUUUAUCAAGUACUCGAUUCAUCAAAUGGACGAUAUGGAAAAGCCUUAAGUUUGCAUGAUGGUGAAGUAUUGUUGCAAACAUUAUGCAAAUUAACUCAAUUAGUCAGUCAGAUGGACUGUGGAAGAGAUGAUGGGAUGGGGGAAGGUCGAAGAGAGUUUUUCUCUAUCGAUAAACACGGUAGUGCAGUGGGUGCUGGAAAAGAUUCAUGCUGCAAACCUGGUCAGAAUUACGGUGAAUGUGUAUUAUACCAUCCGAUUCGAAUAAUAACAACAUGCGUGUCAGAUGAACCUUCGCUUCUUGGUGAUCAUGAUUUUAUUAUGAAAUCUGUGCGUGACAGAGGUGAUAGAAGGAGUUCUCGUGAUCGAGAACGAGUGCAUAGCGAAAUCAACAGACGAACAGGUGCUAGUGGUCAUACAUUAAAAAAGGAUAAACGGCCGUCGAAAGGUCGUGGUUCAUGUCAGCCAAGCAAAAAUGGUCCAGAAAGUAAAUCACGACGCGGUCGUUCAAGUCGAAGACUUCGUCAAGGACGAGCAUCGCAAGGAAGAGGAUCCAAAAGUGAUUCACGAAGUGGUAGAUCAUCAACUCAUGGUACCAGUCUAUCUGGCCGUUCAAGAAGAGGCGGAAGCAGAUCAGGUUGGCGUGGGAGACACUCUCGAGAUAGAGAUGGUAGAAGAUCAAGAUCAUCGUCACGUGGAAGCCGACAUUCUGCAGAUAAAAGACGAGAAAGUGCAUCUGGCCUAAGUGAAACGCAUGCAAAAAAAGCAAAAAUAACUCAACAGCAACAAGCACCAACAGCGAUGAAUUCUCGAACAAUCAUUUCACAAGCUCCAAUAGCGCCGCCAGCAUUUCAGAACACCGUAUCAAGUAUAAUUUUAUUUUUAAUAACAUUUUUCGUAAGAUUUGUAAUACAUAAUAAAAUAAUUGUAGCACCAUUCAUUCGACCAUUACCUUCACCAGCACUACUGGGCGGACCAAUCGUAGCAUCAGUUUCAUCGUCUCAGCAUUAUGGAUCACUAUCUCUUUCUCAUUUACAUCCACAACUAGUAACACCAUCACCACCACCACCGCUGCCACAGCAUUUUCCCCCUCAUGAAACACAGCAGUCACAUUUAGUCAUAUCUGGAACCUCAAAUCGACUUCUUCCACCACCACCAUUCAGUACAAUCAUUCCAACUCAACAAUCCCAACACCCAAUGGCAACUCAGCCGAAUACCACAACAGAUAACAGUUUCACAGUUCCAUCUAUGGCAAGCACGAGCACUGUAUCAUCUACAAUCGGUAUGACGAAUGGCCCGCCUCUUGCUGGCGGCCCAUUAGCAACACUAAGUUCAAAUUUGAUAUCACGUCCAGAAAACUGCCCUGAAUGUCGAGCAAUCACUCGACUAUUACAAUGGGCUCCAUUGAGAUGUUAUGAUGCAGCAGGACUUCAACGAGGAAUAUUUCUGGCUGGGCCGAAAUCGGAACAACUAUUCAAUUCUCUGUAUAGAAGUAUCAAAGAUUCAACAUUUAAUUUUGAUGAUAUUGAAGAAUGUGCAUGUGAGACUUCUGAAUGA